AUGUUGGGUACAGCCAUGCUCGUGGUAGCGACCGUCACCAUCCUACACGCUGCCUUUUCCACUUACGAACACUUAUCAUAUCGCAAGGCGUUGGGCAAGCCAGAGGGAUCUCUGCCCCAAGAUAUCGUGAUUGAGGCUUUCAUUUCCCUUUUUCUUGCCAUCGUGGGUGCUGCAAUCCGUACGCCAGAGCUGAGGGAAGUCACAUGGCGCAGCGAGAUGAAACAUCGGUUGGGGCAUGCCGCAGCCAAUGUCAGUUCUGGGGACUGUGACGCGGAUGUUACUACGAACGGCAUUUCCACCACUCCUAUUGUGGCGAAGACCGACAGCGACGCGGACACAUCUAUCACAGUACUCGAGAUCAUGGAUUGGGAAGCACGUACAACGAACAACCCCAUUUAUGCGAUAUUCGUUGGCAACCAGACUGAACCAACGGCCGAGAAUGAUUUACUGAGCGUGCAGACGCAGGAUUCGCACUUCGCGCUGUAUCCCGAUGCCGCGGGUUGA